CUCCGCCCAGUGCGUAGUCCAGGCUUGGCUGCAAGUGGACAGGAUGUCUACCAUACAGGUCUCGGAGGACGGGCAGGGCGGCGGCGGCGGCAGCGAGGGGGACCUCCGCAGCGUCUUGGUCACCAGCGUGCUCAACCUCGAGCCGCUGGACGAGGAUCUCUUCAGAGGAAGGCAUUACUGGGUACCCACCACACAGCGGCUGUUUGGAGGUCAGAUCGUGGGCCAGGCCCUGGUGGCUGCAGCCAAGUCUGUGAGCGAAGACGUCCAUGUGCACUCCCUGCACUGCUACUUUGUUCGGGCAGGGGACCCAAAGUUACCAGUGCUGUACCAGGUGGAGCGGACACGAACAGGGGUGAGCUUCUCGGUGCGCUCCGUGAAGGCUGUGCAACAUGGUAAGCCCAUCUUCAUCUGUCAGGCCUCCUUCCAGCAGGCCCAGCCCAGCCCCAUGCAGCACCAGUUCUCCAUGCCCACUGUGCCCCCACCAGAAGAGCUGCUUGACUAUGAGGCCCUCAUUAACCAGUAUUUAAGGGACCCUAAUCUCCAAGAGAAAUACCGAGUGGGGCUGAACCGAAUUACUGCCCAGGAGGUACCCAUUGAGAUCAAGCCACUAAACCCACCCACCCUGAGCCAGCUGCAGAGGAUGGAGCCAAAACAGAUGUUCUGGGUGCGCGCCCGGGGUCACAUUGGGGAGGGCGACAUCAAGAUGCACUGCUGUGUGGCUGCCUAUAUCUCGGACUAUGCCUUCCUGGGCACCGCCCUGCUGCCCCACCACCACCAGCAUAAGGUGUGCUUCAUGGUCUCACUGGACCACUCCAUGUGGUUCCACGCCCCCUUCCGAGCUGACCACUGGAUGCUCUAUGAGUGCGAGAGCCCCUGGGCUGGUGGUUCCCGGGGGCUGGUCCAUGGGCGGUUGUGGCGUCGGGAUGGGGUCCUGGCUGUGUCCUGUGCCCAGGAGGGUGUGAUCCGAGUGAAGCCCCGGGUCUCAGAGAGCAAGCUCUAGCCUGAGGUACCAGCUUGGCCUGGAGCUUCAAGGAUCUCCUGUCUACUCCCACUACAGAGGCAAUAGUUACAGUCAAGGGCUGUGCCUUCUACCCCACACAUCCAAUAAAGAGAUUGUUACUACUGGAGUGGCUGGCCUCUGUAAUUCCCCUGGGCCAGACAGCAGUCUUCUCUUGAUCUCUCAACUCCAGGACUCCAGGGGCAGAGUCUCUGACCUUUGCUCAGGCUGCCUCAGUGGCUUGGAGGCCAUGGAAAAGGGAACUUUGACCCUGACUGGGACACAGUACCCAGCUGCUCCUAAGCUGGAGAGGCUGCAUCCAACUUCCUCAUUGCCCCAUCCCAAGGCAACUACAGCCAGAGCUCACCUUGAGCCCAGAUGAACAGAAGAAGCAAGUUUCCUUAGACUGCUGCACACUCCUUUUCUGGAACUUCUAGGGACUCCCAGCGUCCCCUGUACCCUUCCAGCUGCUGUCCAUGCUCUCCUCAGGACCAUCCCCCCAUCCUGAGGCAGCCCGCUUCCCCACAGUAGCUUUAAGUUGAGGCAAAGGUUAGUCCAGCACCUCCUUGAUAAGCAACUCUUUGAGACUGGGGGGUGGCAUGGGGGUGAGGCCUGCCUCCUGCAAGGCCUGGAGCUGGGCCUCUGUUUGACGUUUAUCCAGGCCCAGGCGCCAGGAGAGCCGGACAUGGGCCUCCAGGAAGGGUGCCAGCAAAGGGUGGGGGCUCUUGUCCCCCAGCAGAUGCAGGGCCCUCUCACAGCAUGCCCGGGCUUCCCCAGGAUCCUCCAGCUCCUGGUGGCACACAGCCAGCCCAGCAAGUGUCAGCAGGGAGCGGUCAGGGCAUGAGGGGGUGCCCAGCUGGGCCUGCAGCUUCCAGGCAUUUGCCCAGAGUGCCAGAGCCUCCCGGUAGAGGCCGGUGCAGGUGAGGCUCUGCGCCCGCCGCAGCUCAGGCAGCACGAAGAAGUCCUGCAGAUCUGGGGCAUGGCGCAGCUCAGGCACUGCCUGCAGGUGGCUCAAAAACUGCUCAAAGGCCCGGCUGCGGCGGGCGAUGGUCUCGGCAGUAAAAUUCCGACGCAGGCGCUUACGGGGGAAGGAGAUGGCAGCCAUGGGGCCCCGGAAUUGCCUCUGGAGGCUUCGGUGCAGCCGCUCAAAGUCUGAGUAGCGGCGAGAAAUCUGUGUUGGCUGGCGAUCUGGUGGCCCUGGGCCCAUCACGGCGAGGGUGUAGAGCUGCAGGGAGGGUGUGUGUCAGGACAGGUGCAAGUAGUCCAUAGGCUCCUUCCCCCCUGCCCCCACACACACUUUCAUUUCUACUUCCCACCUUUUCCCUUCACCCUGAAACUGGGCCCAGGAGGAUAGGAGCUGCUGGGGCAGUGGCUAGGAGUCCAGUCCCAUCUUACCUGAGGCUUGUCUGAAAUGACCCAGGCCCAAGGCAGCACAGAGAGAGAAAGACAAAGAUGAGCUUCAGUGCCUGGGGCUGCUGCCCCUUUUGCCCCUUCUAGCGAGUGCCCGCUCCUCAUAGAGCACUUGGCUCUUUCAGAGCACCUCUGAAACCCAGGCUGGUCUCCUGGGCCUCUGUACUAACCUUUAGAACCAGCUUGGAGCUUCGUUCCACUGUGGACACACGCCCCCACAUUCCUACCAGGUUAUUCCAAACCAGACCCAGAGGAGGGUCUUCAGACAGCCCAAACAGCAAUAACUGAAAAGGACAAUGGACUAGGAUGCAAGCUCCUCAGCCCAGGUGAGCUACCACCUUCUGGGUGAUUCUGGCAGAGUAUUUCCCCUCUUGGACCAGGUCUGUGUUUACUCAAGAGUGGCACGUGUGCAAGUGUGGCUCUCUGAGGUUUUAAGGUAUUAAGUACUAGAGUAACUAAUCCUGAAUCACAGGUGGAGGUGAUUCUCCCUUUGAUUCUCUUUUACUUCCUGACUACUAUUGAGAAGCUUGUGGUUUGGUGCUCUUCUUAAAAACAGCACUUCAACACUUCUGAUCUCUGUUUUUAGAAAAGAGCCAGAAAGCAAAUCUCAGGUUGGGGCCUUCUCAGUCAAUAGCAUCUAGGCAGGAUUUAAUGACAUCAUGGUUUUAUUUUUAUGGGUAACUUCUCUUUAAAGCAAGUGAGGUUUUCCACACAUGGUAGUGCUAUAAAGUUGUCUUUUGAAAUAAAUUUAAGGGGAAAAAAGCAGGUUUAUUUAUUGAAAAACCAUUAAGCAAGUAAUGGUAUAAGUGAUGUUUAGUUACAAGAAUCGUGAAGGUGGUACUGGAAUGAUUGAGGUUUGGGAAACACUGGACAAGAUGACCUAAGUUUCCCCCUAAGCCUGAAAACCUGAAUAUGGAUUAAUCCACAAUAAUGUUGAGUCAACAGAUUUAAAGGGGACUUAGCAAAUGUUAGGUGUUAAAAGCAUGCUGACACCAAACCCAGAUUUUUCUCUCCAGUUUGUUCUGUGGAACUGCCAGUGUUACUGCCACCCUUGUUCAGUUAGAUUUGUCUACCUUAUCCUCUUAAAGAUUCACAGUGUAUGUUAAUAUAAAGGAUUUGAAAGUCUCACAAUAAAGAAACCUACUUUACUUUCA